AUGCCGGAGCCUGCCGUGCUCGUCUUUGUGCGCCGCGUCGCGACGGCGUUCCAGCGCGCCGGCGGCCACGACGCCAACUGCUUCCCCUCGCUGCGCAUCCUCGCCGCGCGCCCCGGCCUCGUGCGCGCCUCGGUGCGCAUCCGCAGCGAGAACCUGAACCGCCUCGGCACGCUGCACGGCGGCGCCAUCUGCAGCCUCACCGACACGCUCGGCAGCCUGGCGCUUGCCAGCCGCGGCCUGUACUCGACGGGCGUCAGCACGGACAUCAACACGACGUUUGUCAAGGCCGGCGGCACCACCGGCGACGAGGUGCAUGUCGUCGGCACCGUCGUCAGCCUCGGCAAGACACUGGCCACGACGCGCAUCGAGCUGCGCCAUCCCGUCAGCGAUGCGCUGCUGGCCUUUGGCUCGCACACAAAGUUCAUCGGCAAGGCGGCCGGGCAUCCGGAGAACGUCAAGUUCGACGAGAGCGGCGAGCGUGUCAUCGAGGGCAAGGCGGUGGAGGAGUGGGGCGAAGACUAG